AUGGUGCGUGCUCUUGGUCCGCGGAAGAUCCAGAACGGCAGCUCCCGCCAGCGACCGGUGUCCUGUCAAUUCUGCCGCGCCCGAAAGCUGAAAUGUAAUCGCCAACUGCCCUGUGGGAAUUGCACCAGUCGCGGAAUCUUCUGUCAAUUGUACUCGCAACCUCCGACCGAUGAGUCGGUUACGGAUCAGGAUGUUCUGGAGCGUCUACGGAGGCUGGAGGAGCUUGUUCUUCGGAGUCACGGACAAAUACCAACACCAACACCCCCCGUCAUAGAUGUGGUUACUCAGGCUCCAUAUUCGGUACCUCAGUUCCACCAGGCUAGUACCGAGGUGAAACGCCUCGAACAAGAGUGUAUGAGCCAGGACCGAUCAGUAAGUGGUUGGUUGUAUUACGGUGAAGAAUGGACAGUUGAUCUAGAAGCGCAGGAAAUGAUCCAACCCGACGGUGUGACUUUCAGGAUAUAUCCCAUCGAGCAUAGAGGGAGUAUGUCAGGCGACUUGAGCCGUGACACCUCAUGGUCCAAUGCAAUGGGAAGCUCCCAAGGAUUCUUUUGCCUGCCGCGUAGCGAUGAGGCAAGACGACUGCUCGACAAGAACAUCCGCGACGUCACCUAUAUCCAUCAUGUCAUCCACGUCCCUAGCGUGCGCGCUCUAGUGGACGGUAUCUAUGAAGACGUCGACAAUCGGAAACAACCCAAACCCCACCACGUGGUGCUGCUAUACGGUAUAAUUGCCAGCUCGAUCUACUUGUGGACCGAGCAAGACAUGGACCUCCCAUUCUGUCGGAAUGGCAAACAAGCGACCGAGAAAUCCGCGCUGUGGGUGAAGUCCGCCUUAGACCUGUUGGACUAUUUGCGUCGCGCAUCCUCGCAAUCGAUGGAAGAGAUCCAGGGCAUUAUCAUUGCCUCCUUCGUGGUCUGUCAUCUGGAAGGCCCAUCUGCUCGAUACCGUGAUCUCAUCACGUCGGCUAUCACGAUGGCGCGCGAGCUGGGGCUUCACAGAAUCGAUAUCCCGAAUGACGCUGAUGCAACCGACGAAUGCUCCAGGGACCCCCUGGAGGCUGAAGUCGGCCGGAGGGUGUGGUGGUACCUUGUGUCUACGGACUGGAUGUUCUCACAAUACACUGGCCCUUUUAAGGGGACAUAUACUAUCAACCCCCGACACAUGGCCGUCAAUAAACCUCGUAACGUCGACGACGAGGAUCUACUUCCCGGCCUCGCUUCGACAACCAUCACCCCGCGACCCAUGAACCAUUCCACAAACAUCUCCUACAACCUCCAACGCAUCCAACUCGCUGAGAUAUGCCGCGAACUAACCGACAGCACCCCGUUAACAUCCUCCGGCACCGUCGAAUACAGCCAAGUCCUCAAAUUCGACCGCAGCAUCAUCGGCUUCAUCGCCCAAUGGCCACCCUUCUUCCGCCUUGACGAAGACAUCACCCCCAGCAGAUCCAGGGGCAGAGCCAGGACCAGGACCAAAGACACCAAAGACCCAGGAAAAGCCACCCAACGCUACAUCCUCAACUCCAUCGUUCCCGCGCAGCGCUGCCGUCUCCAUCUCCCCUAUCUGACCCGCGCCUCGCUGGACCCGAAUUACGCCUACUCGCGCGACGCGUGUCUCGAAUCAGCGCGCCACAUCCUUCGCACCGAGCGCCUUCUCGCGACAGAAGAUUUGCCAUUCGUGCUGAUGCGGAAGCGCCACUCGGGCACUUUGCAGUGCAUCUGCAUGGCGAUUAUUGCGCUCUUGGCGGAUAUUUGCUUCUGUCGGGAUAUGGGCGGGUCGGAGGAACACCGGAGGGCUGAGUUGGCGGAUGCGUGUCAGAUUCUGGAUCGUGCGAAGACUGAGUCGCCGAUGGCGAGGAGGUUGUUGGGGUAUUUCAUGCGGGUCAUGCGUGAGCAUAAUCUGAGGUUGCCGGAUGUGAGUCAGGGUGGUGGUGAGGAGAGGACAGGGACAGGGGUAGGAAGAGACACGGACACGACGAGGGAGAGCGUCGCUAUGGGAUCCAUGGGGAUGAUGGACGAAGAGACGGACACGCUGGACCUACCGGAUCAGCUGGCUCGGUGGCAGGAGUUUUGGCCUGGGAAUGGCAUGGAUACAGAGUUGGACUGGGAUGCGAUUCUGUCCGGGUUGAACCCGUUGAUUUGA